AUGUUCUCCAUCAGUGAGCUAUACACUAUUCCUAGACAGGAGGACUGGGAGGCCAUUGUUCUACCCUGCUCCCAAGGCCAAGAGGGGGGGAGGCCUGGCGGCACUAGGCGAUCACUGAGGGAAUGGACUACGCUUUACGAUAACUUACAAGACGGCUUCAAACUGGAGAAAUAUCUUGAAGAAAUGGACGACGGCAGUUACAUCGAGUUUGAUGUGCCGGAGUUCAGCAACACUGUUCUUAACCAGCUCAACGAGCUGCGGCUCCAGGGAAAGCUGUGUGACAUCAUCGUCCACAUCCAAGGCCAGCCAUUCCGGGCCCACAAGGCCGUGCUGGCAGCCAGCUCGCCAUAUUUCCGGGACCACUCGGCCCUCAGCACCAUGAGCGGCCUCUCGAUCUCGGUCAUCAAAAGCCCAGAGGUGUUUGAGCAGCUCCUGGCUUUCUGCUACACAGGCCACAUGUCCCUGCAGCUCAAAGAUAUCAUUAGCUUCCUCACUGCUGCCAGUUUUCUGCAGAUGCAAGCCAUAAUAGACAAAUGCACCCAAAUCCUCGAGAGCAUCCACUCCAAGAUCAGCCUCCCAGUGGGCAGUCCAGAGAAAGAGGAGAGUGGCCGCAAUGGAAUCAAUGAUAGUGACCUCUUUAUUAACCCCACUCAGAUUUCCCCCCCUUACUACUCCCGGCAGUCCCAGGCAUCGCAUGACUCACGUCUGGAACUAGCUGCCAAAGCCGUGAGCCAAGGCCGGCAGCCAUUGGAGGAGGGCCAGUCGGACCGGGGCAGCAGUGAUAGUGUGUCUGAGCAGGAUGCUCCGAUAGAUGGCGACACUGAGCAAGUGGAACUGAUUGGGAAGGAUGGCCAGGUCACAGACGUGCACAUCAAAGUGGAGAGGACGGAGCGGCCCACAUACUCUGACAGCUCGUCAGCAGGAGACGAUGGUUAUCACACCGAGCUGGUGGAUGGAGAGCAAGUGUUGGCUGUGAGUGUGGGCUCCUUUGGGCCUGUGCUCCAGCCUUCUGCAUAUUCUUACUCAGGGCUGUCCUCCCCGUGCUUUGUGAGCCUCAGCAACACGAGUCCUUCUCGCUCUCUGCUCAGUGGCAUCAGGGGGGGUCGGGCGCGUGGUAAGCGUCCUUUGGCCCUCCAGCCCUCCGUGCUGAGUCAGAUGAGGCCAGCCUCGGAGGAUAGUGAGGCGGCUAUCGGUGCUGUCACUUUAGAGAAUGAUGUGAGAGAGCGAAGCCGUCCAACCCAGUGGUACCCCUAUAAUGAGAGACUCAUUUGCAUUUACUGCGGUAAGACGUUCAAUCAGAAGGGCAGUCUGGACCGCCACAUGCGCCUGCACAUGGGCAUCACUCCUUUUGUUUGUAAAUUCUGUGGCAAGAAGUACACAAGAAAAGACCAGCUUGAAUACCACAUCCGUGGCCACACAGACAACAAGCCUUUUCACUGUCAGAUCUGUGGGAAGUGUUUCCCAUUUCAGGGCACCCUCAACCAACACCUGAGAAAGAAGCACAUGGGCGUGUCCGAGAGUAAUCAUCUUGACUCUCCAGAGAGGAGCGAGAUGGGCACCAGGCCCAGUGAUCCCGCCCACACCCCUGAGGCCUUUGAGUCCCACUACGCUGAGGAGGCACCGGCCGAUGACAUGGAGGAGAGCUCCAAGUGCAGUCCAGAGGAGUCGCAUGCCUCCAGAUGUGACUUUUAA